CGCGGCGGACCGCGACGUGUCGCGCGGCGCCGCCUCCAUGGAACUCUCGCGCGCCCGCCUAAGCCUAGCACGAAGUCACCGGAAGAAGAACACGCUGGUGAACUCCAGCUCCAGCGACACCUCGGUAUAAAUAAACCAGGAGACGGCGAGGUAAACCUCUGCAGCUGAGGUUUACUAGUUCCCGUCGGUGACCGUACGUACGUGAAGAAGUCGAUCGAUCAAGAGCUCGAUCAAGCUGACCAGACCAGCUACGACAUGGCCUCCCUGCAGCAACGCAAGGAGGAGAGCGGCGGCGACCAUGGCCAUGCGGCUGCGGACGAGGCGGUGCGCGGGACGGGGAAAGGCAAGAGCGAGGCGGCGCCGGGGCGACGGAAGGUGACGUACGGGUUCCACCUGGCGGAGGGCCGGACGCCGCACGGCAUGGAGGACCGCCACGUGGCCGAGUUCCGGCAGCUGGACGACGGCAACGAGGUCGGCCUCUUCGCCGGCCACUCCGGCGCCGACGUCGCCACCUACCUCCGCGAGCACCUCUUCGACAACAUCCUCAACCAACCGGGCUUCGAUUUCUGGACGGACCCGAUGGAGGCGAUCCGGCGCGCGUACCACCGCACGGACCGGAAGGUGCUGAAGAAGAAGAAGAAGAAGGACGACGACGGCGAGGGGAAGGGGAUGGGCAGCCGGCGGCGCGGCGGGUCGACGGCGGUGACGGCGAUCCUGAUGAACGGAGAGGAGCUUGUGGUCGCCAACGUCGGCGACUCCCGCGCCGUGCUGUGCGACGCCGGCGGCAGGGCCAGGCAGCUGUCCGUGGACCACGAGCCGCUCCGCGAGCGCCGCGCCAUCGAGGCCCGCGGCGGCUUCGUCACCGAGAUCCACGGAGACGUGCCUCGCGUGGACGCGCAGCUGGCCAUGGCGCGCGCGUUCGGGGACCGGUCGCUCAAGGAGCACAUCAGCGCGGACCCGGACGUGGCCAUCGAGGACGUCGGCGACGGCGCGGAGCUGCUCGUGCUGGCCAGCGACGGCCUGUGGAAGGUGAUGUCGAACCAGGAGGCGGUGGACGAGGCUCGGAGCAUCGAGGAUGCCCGCGAGGCGGCGGUCAGGCUCGUCGACGAGGCAGUGCGGCGGGGCAGCAAGGACGACAUCUCCUGCAUUGUCGUGCGACUGCACUAGCGAACACCUGCUCAUGCAAAAUGUAUGCGGCUGUUUAGAAUCAUUUCGGGCUUAGGCCCUGUUUCGCACUCGGCGGACUCUCAGAGCUUUAUUCUCCGCUGAAUCUGGUCAAACAGUUUUUUCUGAGAGAGAAAAA